AUGACGACCGAUACCGCAUCUUCCGACCCCGCGACCAGGGUCAAAUCCCACGCCUCGACGGUGUCUGACGUUGGGUACCCUCACGGCCACUUCGGUCACCUCAACGAGCACGAGGAGACGCAGCUCGCCGCCUUCAGGACGCUGCUCGAGGAGAAGGGGCUGUACAAGCCAGGCCCGCCAGCUUCCCACGACGACCCGACUCUGCUCCGAUACUUGCGGGCGCGAAGAUGGGUCCCUGAGGACGCCCUCACGCAGUUCAAAGACACCGAGUCCUGGCGCGCCGCCAACGACAUUGACGUGCUCUACGAGACCAUCGAGCUCGAAGCCUUUGAGCAGUCUCGCCGCCUUUACCCGCAAUGGCUCGGCCGCCGCGACCGCCGCGGCAUCCCGAUCUACCUCUUUGAGGUCCAGAAGCUCGACAGCAAGACAAUCGCCGCCUACGAGAAGCUGGGCAAGGAAUCGACGUUCAGCAAGGCCAAGUUUGACGGCAAGACCCCCGCGGGCAUGAUGCGCCUGUUCGCCCUGUACGAGAACCUCACACGCUUCACGCAGCCGCUGUCGACGCAGCUGCAGGACCGCGAGCACCGCGACGCCCCAAUCACGCUGAGCACGAAUAUUGUUGAUAUCUCUGGAGUCAGCCUGAAGCAGUUUUGGAAUCUCAAGGGGCAUAUGCAGGCUGCCAGUCAGCUUGCAACGGCGCAUUACCCCGAAACUCUUGACCGCAUCUUCAUCAUUGGUGCGCCAGCCUUCUUCUCAACAGUCUGGGCCUGGAUCAAGCGCUGGUUCGACCCCAUCACCGUCUCCAAGAUCUUCAUCCUCAGCCCCCACGAGGUACGCCCGACGCUCGAGCAGUUCAUCGAGCCGCGCAACAUCCCCAAGCAGUACGGCGGCGAGCUCGAGUUCAAGUUUGGCGACCAGCCAACCAUCGACCCGGCGUGGGAGGGAAUCAUCGAGUGGGCGCCCGGCCACGACCGCUUCACCUCGCGCCCCGCCAUCUGGCGCGAGACCGAGGACGGCACCCGCGUCGAGUGCAUCGGCAUCGGCUACGUCAAGGGUGUGGAGCAGAAGGAGGCCAUUUGCUCCGUCCCCAAGACGUGGCCGCCCAAGGCGAAGGUACCCGCGGCUGAGCCGACGCCGAUUGCUACGCCUGCUACCAAGGAGGGCAGCGUGACGGAGGAGGCUGGCAAGGCGGAGGCUGAGAAGGCGGAGGAGCCGGUGAAGGUUGCCGACGCGCCCGAGUCUGAUCUGCAGAAGCUUUCCAUUGCGGAUGAUAAGCAGGUUGCGGAGAAGCACGUCGAGGGCAGCACGUCGGCGCCCACAUCGGCACUGGCAUAG